AUGUGUGGUAUUUGGGCUAUAUUUGGCUGUAAUUAUGAUGCGGUUGAUUUGUAUACGGCUGCUUUACGAGUUUCUCACCGUGGACCUGACAACUUUCGAAUCUGCAAUCUUUCGCAACUGCGUAACUGUGUUUUGGCUUUCCACCGAUUGCAGAUUGUAGGAGGGAGCGGUGGCAUGCAGCUUCAGGAAGAAUUCAGUUUUUCCUAUGAAAGUGGUAGCGACUGUGAAGUAAUAGUUCAUCUGUAUAAUAAAUUCGGAAUUAAGAAAGCAAGCCAGCUAUUGGAUGGCGUAUUUGCAUUUCUUAUAAUCGAUACAGCCAACAACUCCGUCCUGCUAUCACGUGACACCUUUGGUGUGCGUCCUCUUUUUUAUGACGUCACGAAAAAUAAUAUUCUUGGUGUAUGCUCAGAGGUUAAAGGUCUUUGCGAUUUUAAAAUCAACGGUCACAAAGCGUUUCAACCCCAGCAUUUACCUCCUGGGCAUUCCAUGGUUUGUAAGAUAUCAGAGGACGGAAAAGUAUCAAAGGCUGCCCCUGUUCAGUUUCAUAGAAUCGGAAAAAUGCCAGCACACUUUUUACAUCAGGCCAAUAAAUUAAACAAUG